AAUACGAUCAUCGGCACCCGUGAGUCUGGAGGGGCCAAGAGGGGUCGCUACAAACCACGAAGAGACGAGAGGAGGGGCAAGAGAGAAGUGUGGCCGGCGUUCAGCGCAUAUAGGUAGUCGUGAGAAGAGUCAGUCGGUGACGGGUAGUGUCUUUAGUGGCGUGGUGAACGAUUGAAUUGAGCCGCUUGUGUUAAAAAAUGAGCUGGCAGGAUUACGUUGACAAGCAGCUGCUCGCGUCUCGGUGUGUUACCAAAGCUGCGAUUGCAGGACACGAUGGCAAUCUUUGGGCAAAGUCUGAAGGCUUCGAAGUAAGUAAAGAGGAGUUGACGAAAUUGGUCCAGGGAUUUGAAGAACAGGAUAUUUUGACGUCGUCGGGUGUUACCUUGGCCGGCAACAGGUACAUUUACCUGUCAGGUACGGAUCGAGUGAUAAGGGCAAAACUUGGAAAAGUCGGCGUCCACUGCAUGAAGACGACGCAAGCAGUAGUUGUCUCUCUUUACGAAGAUCCUAUACAACCACAGCAAGCCGCAUCGGUCGUUGAAAAACUUGGGGACUAUCUUGUGUCCUGCGGCUAUUAGGUUAGUAUAUACUAACCUCUGGGACCCAACAUAAAUAUCUAAUAUUAAUAUUAAACGAUCGAUUAUUUUAAUGAACAGCGAAUGGAAUGCGUCAUGCCGCACGAGUCGCGCCGGAACUGCCGCAAGCUUGCCGCGCGACAUUCGAUGAAAAGCAACAACUACAUCAGCAACAACACCAGCAACACAGCUAUCAUAUUCCAGUCGUCGUUCUCUCCUCUUCGAUUCGGCUGGUCGACGUUCGAGGAACAGAUGCAAGCGCUCAUACAUAUGCGCAAUAAUUUUUGAAAAAACUCAUAGGCAUUUACUUGAAAAAUGAUCGCGCAAAUUGUAAUCAAUGAGGUGCGGUCUUUUCAUUGUUUUUGUUUCGAAAGUAGCACUUAUGUUUUGAAUUUUUAUUCCAAUGUGUAUUUACAAUCGAGAUGUCAAUAUUAACGACAGAAUUCCAAAAACUUCGAUGAAGAGAAAAAAAAUGCUUUUUUACAAUUGAAUAAAAAGAAAGAAUAAAAAAAGAAAUGAAAAAAAUACAAACUGAAAGUAUAUGCAGUUUUACAUUUAUAUGCUCCAUAUAAACAAUAAAUAUUUACUUAAAAAGUGAUAGUGACUGGGGAUAGAUCAAAUAAA